GACUAUGGUCAUGCUAGUUGUGAGCGCUUUCUGUCCAAAAAAGACAAGAAAAAGAAAAGGAUAUGGACGAAACCAAGAAAAGAAGGAGUUAACAGGGCUUACACGCACUGCAACGCCAGCUGGAGCCUCCGCAGAUCAUCAUCAGUCCAGGCUGGUCUGGACGCGGCGGAGGCAGCAGCGCGAUACCGGGCAGAGCAGAGUGAUGGCGGCCGAUGGAGGAGGAUGCGGGGAGACGGUGGAUCAGUACCGCGCGGAGGUGGAGCGACUGACGCGCGAGUUAGCGGAGGCCAACCGGGAGAAGAUCCGCGCGGCGGAGUGCGGGCUGGUGGUGCUGGAGGAGAACCAGAGCCUGAAGCAGCAGUGCGCAGAGCUGGAGUCCGAGCAGGAGGCGCUCAGACACGAGCUGGAGCAGCUGCAGGAGGCGUUUGGCCAGGCCUACUCUAACCAGCGUAAAGUAGCAGAGGAUGGCGAGACAAAUGAAGAGACGCUGCUGCAGGAAUCGGCCUCCAAAGAAGCGUACUACAUGAGCCGUCUACUGGAGAUGCAGACGGAGCUCAAGCUCAGCCGCUCUGUGGCCUCCAACUCACAGGCUGAGAAUGAGCGUCUCAAUUUACUGCUCCAGGAGCUGAGAGAGAGUAAUGAAAUGCUGGAGCUGCAGAAGAGCAGGAUGAGGGAGGAAAUCAAGGAGUACAAGUUCAGAGAGGCCAGGUUACUGCAGGACUACACCGAGCUGGAGGAGGAGAACAUCACUCUGCAGAAGCUGGUGUCCACACUCAAGCAGAAUCAGGUCGAGUAUGAGGGUCUAAAGCAUGAGAUCAAAGUACUGGAGGAGGAAACAGUUCUGUUAAACAGCCAGUUAGAGGAUGCAUUGCGUUUGAAAGACAUCUCUGAAGGCCAGCUGGAGGAAGCCCUGGAUGCCCUAAAGAGUGAGAGGGAGCAGAAGAACAACCUAAGAAAAGAACUAGCCCACCACAUCAGCCUGAAUGACUGUGUAUAUGGAGCCAGCACACACAUAACCAUCUCUGCAGUGGAAGGAUUCAAGUUUGCGGAGGAGGCCACCACUAACAGCACCUCUGCCACUGGUUCCAGUCCCAAUAAUGAGGACAGUAACAGGUGUAAUGGGUGUAACGGCCAUGGGCCAAAGAUGAAUGGUGACUACCACCGACCUGGAGGGAGAAAGGGCGAGGUUCUGCAUCCCGUGUCUGAUCUGUUUAGUGAACUCAACCUGUCUGAAAUCCAGAAGCUAAAACAGCAACUCUACCAGGUGGAGCGAGAAAAGGCGACCCUACUGAUUAACCUUCAGGAGUCCCAAACACAGCUGCAACACACUCAAGGUGCCCUAACCGAGCAGCACAAGCGUGUGAACCGCCUUACGGAGCGCGUCAAUGCUAUGAAACGUCUCUGUAGUGACAAGGAGCUGGAUGCAGAGGAGACAGAGAAAGGGGACGGCCCCAUGAACGGCUGCCUCGAGAACGAUGUUGAAAUAAACGGCAUUGAGAUCCUGGAGUGUAAGUAUAAGGUAGCAGUAACCGAGGUCAUUGACCUGAAAGCAGAGCUGAAGGCCUUAAAGGAGAAGUACAACCAGUCUGUAGAAAGCCAGUCUGAAGAGCGCAGCCACAGUGAGCAGAAGCUGCAGGCUCUGGAUCAACAUGCCACAUCUCUGGAGAAGGAGUGCCGCGAAAGCCGCGAUCGAAUCUGCAGCUUGGAGGCAGAGCUUCGGUGCGCAGCGUCUAUGACAAACGAGAGUCAAAGCAUGCUCAACACCGCUCAAGACGAGCUGGUUACCUUUAGUGAAGAGCUAGCUCAGCUCUACCAUCACGUCUGCCUGUGCAACAACGAGACACCCAACCGUGUCAUGCUGGACUACUACCGACAGAGUCGAGUGACACGCAGCGGCAGUCUUAAAGGUGGGGAUGACCCUAGGGCCUCGCUGUCCCCUCGUCUCGCCCGUCGCCUGGCUGCUAUCAACUCUUCAGACCCUUCCAGGAGUCCCCAGGAUUCACCUCUAAAAGAGCCCCUUGGGGACAAUGGUAAAGGAGAGACAGUCAUCCAACAGAGCCCCACUAGAUCUCCUUUUGGUUCCCCAGUCAACAGUGCCUCACUAUCCAAUUCUGUCCCAGAGGCCAACGGAGAUCUCCGCAAGGAACCCAUGAACAUUUACAACCUGAACGCCAUUAUUCGGGACCAGAUCAAACACCUGCAGAAAGCUGUGGACCGCUCACUGCAGUUGUCCAGGCAGAGGGCAGCUGCACGGGAGUUAGCACCCAUCUUCGACAAGGACAAGGAGUCCUGCAUGGAGGAGAUCCUGAAGCUCAAGUCUCUUUUAAGUACCAAGAGGGAACAGAUAGCCACUCUGCGUCUUGUUCUUAAGGCCAACAAACAGACUGCAGAGGUAGCCUUGGCUAACCUGAAGAGUAAGUAUGAGAAUGAGAAGUCCAUGGUAACGGAGACAAUGAUGAAGCUGAGGAAUGAGCUCAAGGCUUUGAAAGAGGACGCAGCCACCUUCUCCUCCCUGAGGGCUAUGUUUGCCACCAGGUGUGAUGAGUAUGUCACUCAGCUGGAUGAGAUGCAGAGGCAGUUGGCAGCAGCUGAGGAUGAGAAAAAGACUCUGAACUCUCUGCUCCGCAUGGCCAUCCAGCAGAAACUGGCCCUCACACAGCGUCUGGAAGACCUAGAAUUUGACCAUGAACAGUCACACCGUGGCCGCGGAGGAAAGGUGCCCAAGAUAAAGAGCAGCCCUCCAAAAUCUCUCGUAGAUUGUCAGCAGCCUGCUGCCUCAGUACCGCCACUCUCCCCACAAAUGAGGCGAGGCAGAGCGUCCGCGGGCCGCAGUCCUAAUAUUGUGAUAACUCUUCAAGAGGACCAUCUACAAGACGCCAGCUGCGACCUUUUCAACUGUCUGGCUCAUCAUUCUCACCUACCUGGCCCCUAGCCCCACCCACCUGGCCCCUACAGACUCAUCCCUCACCAUUCCCUAUAGCCUCUUCUACUCAGACAAGAGCAAAGACACACCAGGGGACACAUCAAAGAAAUGUCAAUCAAACGCUCAUCCAAACAGGUGCUCCUCUCUCUGUGUGUGACCUCAGAAAGACUUGCCCUGCUUUAACCCUCAAGGGGCCGGGACAAGGAUGCACUAUUUUACUCCCCAUGAUAAUCUCAUGAUAAACUCCCAUACUGCAUAUUAUUGCCUGAAUAUUACAUGGCCUAUUUAUCAGUUAUUUAUUGAUCUAUUUAUUUAUGUUAUCUGUCUAUUUAUUUGCAGACUCUUGUGUGGAAUGUUUGGGUGUUGGGUAUUGCCUAUUUGUUUUCAAUUUGUUGAAGCUGAAAGAAGCAGCUUUGCUGUGGAGGCUACAUUUGCAUUUCUAGGACAUAAUCCUAGACUAGGAAACGUUGUUUUUUUUUUAUUACAAGCAUAAAAAAAUUAUUAAAAAGCUUUAAAGAAGUGUUCGGAUAUGAUUUGCCUGACAUAUUGACAUAAAUACGUUAGCAUAAAAAAAGAAAAAACAUACAAAAAAAAUAUUUGAAAUUCCUGAUGUUGCACUUUAAGUUGAAAUUGGAUUGUAACAGAACCAGGUCUAGUAGUGUGUUACAGAAAAAGAGAGCAAUGAUAAGUAAACGUAUUUUACUUAACAACGAAAAAGCGUGUCUUACCAAUACCCACCCAGCACUAUGUUGUUAAAAAGAAAUUAUAAAAUUGUUAGGGAUAUUUGUUAUGAAAAUACAUAUAUUUUUUGUGGUUGAAAAGACAUUUAUGUAAAGUCUAAUUUUAUAUGUAUAGAUUGGGUUAAAAGGAAAGUGGAAGUAUGAAAAGAAGUCUUUUACAAAUGGUUGAAAAUAUGUUUGUGUUUCAAUCACUUGUAAAAAGACGUCUUUUUAACUUUUACCUUUAACCAAAUCUAUUCAUAUAAAUCUUUACAUAAACAUUUUUUCUAAACUUCCAAAGGACGUGCUUCCACCUUUCACUUUACACCAAAAUGGAACAAUAUAUACUAAUAUACUAAUAAUUUACUAUUCGCUACAUGCAUUUGCUAUAUAAUAAACUGACUUGGGAAUGACCACACAACAAACAAUCUUUCCUGCACCACUACAUUUCGUAGUGCAUUAUAGGUGCUGAUAGUGAACUACAUUGGGAAUAAAAACUGAGCUACAGAAUGGCUGACGCACCAUAUAGUGCCCUAUUUCUGUAAUAGUGAGCGAUUUCAUACUCAGCAAUAGUUUUCAAAUCAAAUUCAAAUAAAUGUAUUUGUAUAGCGCUUUUUACAACUGGUUUUGGCACAAAGCAGCUUUACAGAAACAUGAUCACAGGACAAAGAUUCGGGCAACACAUUAAACACAGAAAAUACAGAAUACAGAACCCCCAGUGAGCGCGUAGGCAAGGUAAAACUCCCUCAGAGCUGCAGGAGGAAGAAACCUUGGUAACGUCUCUUUGCAGCUCGCAGACGGUCGGUUAAGCCUCUCUGUCUGCGGCCUGGUCCCGGCUCUGGAUUGUCAGCAGCUUCUAAUAAAAAUAAGUUUUAAUGAAAAGCACCAAAGAACAACAUAGUGCUAGGUGGGCAAGGCCUGAUUGUUAACUAGACCAAGAUGACUGAUCUCAAAGUAAUAACUGACUGUAGUUCUCGAUGUGUAUGAAAAUGUCUCUGUAUGUCUCACUCUGCAGUGGUUGAGUGACAUUUUAUUAUUUUAUUUUUUUUAAUCUUUCGCCAGUAAUGUUUGCAUUGAUAACAGUGAUACAAUUGUUGAGUUUUUUUAGGUUUAUUUAAACCUAACGUGGCCGUAUGUGGAGUGUAUGUUAUUUUUUAUAUUCAAUUUCGCAAUACAUUCUCAUAAAGAUUAUAUUUUAUACUUGAGUUAUCUUUUUUUCUUUACUGUUACUGUUAGUUAGGUGGGAUCGGGUAGGAAUUGGAGUGCUACUGUAGUUCUGUGAAGGUUAAAGGGCAGAUUGGGGCUGCUGGCCAGAGUGGGGCAUGACGAGCCUACUGUGCUGGUUUACUUGAAAUAAGGUUUCUGUGUCUACAUCUGCUGAUGCCACCACAAAAAUUGACAUGCAACCCAUUAUGUUAAAGAGUAUUAUUUCUUUUAAUACAUUGAAUUUUCUGUCUGCCUUUCUCUCUUUCCCUCUCUCUCUGUCUGUCUGUCUGUCUCUCUCUUUCUCUUUCUCUUCUUCUCUCCACCCCUGACUCAAGCACAAACUAUUGAUCUAUAUAUACUCAAGUAAUAAUUUAUCAUCUGCCCUUACUAUAUAGUUGACUACACCAGCAAGAACAUCUCAGAUUUUAAGAUGAUAAGAGAACUGAAGACCAGCCAGUGAGUUCACUGAAUGAACUUAGCACUUCCUCUGUCAGAAAGCGUUUGUUGUGAAAGUGGAACAAUGUAAAGUUUCUCUAGUACCAAGUGACACCCACAAAAGAGGUCACUGGAUCAAUGGUCUUAUUCAGACUUCAGUCUUAUUACUGGUACUUCUGGUACUCUUUCUCCUCGUUUACAUUGAAGGGUUCUUCAAGAUCCUCUAUGAGUUGAUUGUCUUCCUCUUGAAAUAUUGUGGUUGGUUGAUGUGCAUCUGAAGGGAAUUGAAGUGAUCUGCACUGAAUAGGACAAUCACCCCUCUUGUUACUGGUAACAGCAUAGUUGUGACGAUGAGACAUUACUGAUUUGUUUUUUUUUUUGUAUGUAUUCACUUACCAAUAAUGUCACAGUUUAUGUCUUUGUUCAUGAAAUAAAGUCGGAACUCAAGAUUCA